AUGGCUACGAAAAGAAAAGCUGCGGCCAUGGCCGCCGCCGAAGACGAUGAGCAAGUAGACCCUUCAGAUGAGCUUGUGUUUAUUGGGCUGGGUGGAUGUCAAGAAGUCGGCCGAUCGUGUCAUAUCCUACAAUAUAAGGGCAAGACUGUCAUGCUCGAUGCAGGCAUGCAUACAGGUCGAGAAGGGAUGUCAGCCAUGCCCUACUUCGACGACUUCGAUCUGAGCACUGUGGACAUCCUAUUAAUCAGCCAUUUCCAUCUGGACCAUGCGGCCGCGUUGCCUUACGUGCUCGCCAAAACCGACUUCAAAGGACGAGUCUUCAUGACGCAUCCAACCAAAGCAAUCUACAAAUGGCUUAUUCAGGACUCUGUCCGAGUGAGCAACACUACAUCAACUUCGGACCAAAGAACCUCGCUCUACACCGAAGCAGACCAUAUUUCAACCCUGCCUCAAAUCGAAACGAUCGACUUCUACACAACGCAUACGGUUUCCGGGGUCCGAAUAACACCGUACCCGGCUGGCCACGUUCUCGGAGCUGCCAUGUUUUUGAUCAAUAUCGCUGGGCUCAAUGUCUUCUUCACCGGGGACUAUUCUCGAGAGCAGGAUCGACAUCUCGUAGCCGCCGAGGUUCCAAACGUUGCGAGCGUGGGCAAGAUCGAUUGUCUUAUCACAGAAUCGACAUUUGGCAUCUCAAACGCCCCACCACGCACAGAGAGAGAAACAGCUCUCCUGAAAUCUGUUUCCAAUAUACUGAAUCGCGGCGGGAAAGUUUUGAUGCCAGUAUUUGCCCUCGGUCGGGCACAGGAACUCCUGCUCAUCCUCGAGGACUACUGGCAGCGGCACCUCGAGCUCCAGAAGUUUCCCAUCUAUUAUACCGGCAACACGGCACGAAAAUGCAUGGUUGUGUAUCAGACCUACAUUAAUGCGAUGAACGACAACAUCAAACGCAUCUUUCGAGAGAGAAUGGCCGAGGCCGAAGCCGCUGGCAAUGCGAAAGGUGUCAGUGCAGGCCCCUGGGACUUCCGCUAUGUGCGAAGCUUGCGAAAUCUAGACCGGUUUGACGACGUGGGAGGAUGUGUAAUGUUAGCUUCGCCCGGUAUGAUGCAGUCAGGCAUGUCCCGCAUCUUACUCGAAAGAUGGGCACCAGAUCAACGCAACGGGGUCAUAAUGACGGGUUAUAACGUUGAAGGGACCAUGGGCCGGACCAUCCUGUCCGAACCAGAAAUGAUUCCUGCGAUCAUGAGCGGUGGAAACACUGGUCUGGGCCACGCAAUGGGCCGCAGGAACAAAGACGAUGAGGCCGCGGUGAUGAUACCCCGACGGUGUUCGGUUGAGGAGUUUCAGUUCGCAGCCCACGUUACAGGGGUUGAGAACGUAGAUUUCAUUCAGCAAGUUGAUGCACCCCAUGUUAUUCUGGUCCACGGAGAACGCUCUCAAGCCGCACGACUCAGAUCAAGACUGCUGGAUCUGAAUUCCCGCCGAUUGGCGAGCAACCCAAACGCACAGCAAACAAAAGUGUACAGUCCAGAGAACGGCGCAGAGAUCAAAAUCCCCUUCAGGAAGGAUAAAGUGGCGAAGGUCGUCGGCAAGCUGGCGCAGAUACCUCCCCCUUCGUCUGCCGAAGCAGAUGAGACGCGAGUGAUCAGUGGAGUACUAGUGCAGAACGGCUUCAAGCUCAGCCUGAUGGCCCCAGAGGAUCUUCGCGAGUACGCGGGCCUAACGACAACGACAAUUUUAUGCCGACAACAUAUCACACUUGCCGCAGCCGGGGUCGAGCUUAUUAAAUGGGCACUCGAAGGCACCUUUGGCAGCAUUGAGGAAGUCGGUCACAUUAAGUCCGAACCAAAUGGGCAUCCUGUCAAGGUCGAAGCUGACCAGAGAAAUGGGGAAAACGGAGUCAAAGCCGAAGAGGAAAAGGAAGAAGAAGCCGACGAAGAAAUUGUUGCCCAGCCACAGCGGACGUUCCUCAUCAUGGGCUGCGUCACUCUCAAAUGGUCGGGGAGAGAAAAGCAGAUCGAACUCGAAUGGGAGGGCAACACAAUGAACGACGGCAUAGCAGACGCAGUCAUGGCCGUGCUCAUGACGGUUGAGAGCAGUCCGGCAGCUGUCAAAUACUCGUCGAGCAUAUCGGCACAUUCACACCACGGCUACAAGCAUGAAAAGAACGGUGUCAAGGCGUUGACUAAUGAACUGACCAAUCUCUCUCCACAAGAUCGAUUCUCAAGGCUGUGCAUGUUCCUCGAAGAACAAUUCGGCGACAAUAUCACCCCCAUAGAGAAGCCGCGCAUGACCAACCCUCCCAACCGGAAAGUCCUGCCGUCCGGGGCCGAAGGGGUCAAAAAGGAAGAGGACGAGGACGAAGGGGCAGAUGCAUCCAACAAGGAAGCCGAUCUCGAACAGGCUGAGGCAGCAGAGCGCGCAAGGCUGGCUGCCGCAGGGAUUCCCGUCCCGGGUCUGGAAAUCCGAUUCGACAAACACGUGGCAAAACUAUGGCUGGAAAAUCUCGACGUGGAAUGCGCCAACGCGGUCCUGCGAGAUCGCAUCAAAGCCGUCGUGGAGAGGGCCGUGGAGACCAUUGCACCACUGUGGGCCGUUCAUGACCAGCAGUCAAAGGUCUGA